AAGAGGGAAAUAACAAGCAGUUGGAGCCAAUCCGAGAGUUACUUGCAUAAAGUGAUAUGGACUGUAACAAAGAUGGUGCCAUUAGAGCUAAAGAGCUUGCUGAGAAAAAACUUGCUGAGAUGGAUGCUGUGGAGGCAAGAAGAUUUGCUCUGAUGGCUAAAAAUUUGUUCCCUGAGCUCGAUGGUCUUCCCCAGUUGCUUGCAGCUCUUGACGUGUACAUAUCCACCGAUGAAAAGAUCAAUGGAGAAGUUGACUGGUACAGGGUGCUUGGUGUUCAACCGGAUGCCGAUGAGGAAACAAUUCGAAAACAUUAUAGGAAGCUGGCUCUUAUUCUUCAUCCGGACAAAAACAAAUCUGUAGGUGCAGACGGGGCUUUCAAAAUUCUAUCUCAAGCUUGGACUGUGUUAUCUGAUAAAGAAAGGAGAACUGCAUAUGACGAGAAACGGAACUUAAGGGGCAGUUAUUCAGAUGUUUUUCAUGGGAAACCAUCAACAGAAGCGACCAGCUCUAAUGGUUUCCAUGACUUCUUCAAUGUUAAUAAUUCAAAACUGUUGAUCAAAACGGUGCUACUUAUUCCAAUCCUGCUCCUCCUCACUCAGCAAGAAGCGAUACGUUUUGGACAACUUGCUAUGCCUUGCCGGACACCCUUUUUUGCUGCUGAGACAUCGACCCCAUCUAUAAAUGGCAAUAGUAAGUACACUCCCUUGUCGAACUUCAUGCAGCAACAAAAGUUCCACCAGGUUCAAAAUUCAGGACGGGGCAGAUUUUCUGGCUUGGGCGCAUCCAAAAAAUUUUCUCAGGCAGGUGCAUUUGCUGGAUCAGCAAGUAACAUAAAUGUGGCACCACCAUCUUCUUUUGCCACUCGAGCUGCUGGUGCUACUCAUUCAGCCAGUAAAACAUUAAAGAGAAGGCACAAGGAAUCAAAGGCAGGUACCAGGACGGGGGAAAGCCUGCAGAUUAGAGUUCCUUCUCAUAAAACACAUGCUGGUUUAGGUACCAGGUCUUCGGGUUCUGUUUCCCGUACUGCAGCAAAAAAACCCAGGUCUAAGAAGAGGCACACUGGCACAACAGAGAUAGAAAAUCCAAUAGCAAUGGGAAAUGAAGGGGCUAGUCUUUCUUCUAUUCAAAAGAAUGGUUCCAAUAUACGAAGGACGGAUGCUUCUGGAAUCUCUAGUAAUAGCAUAAAGGAGCCUCCACGUCUGGGAAUUCGGAAUAUGCUGAUGGAGAUGGCUAGGAGAGAAAUCUGCAAGAACACAAAUUCAUGGACCCCGGCUUUACCAAAUGCUUCCAAUAAACCUAAGGUUUCAGAUGAAGAGUUGGAGGAGCAGAAUGAAGGAAACAGAAAAGAUGCUCCAAGUAAGAAACCCGGUGCUAAAAAAUCCACGGAGUUUGUUGAUAUCAAGUCUAGCAUGCAGACCAAAAUGUCUUCCGUUGCUGAUUCCGAUGUUGAUCCUGCUACAAGGGGACCUGAACCCGUGUCAAUGAGUGUUCCUGAUCCAGAUUUUCAUGAUUUCGACCAGGAUCGCAUGGAAAAGUCGUUUGGUGAGAACCAGGUUUGGGCUGCUUAUGAUGAUGAUGAUGGGAUGCCUCGUUAUUAUGCUAUGAUUCAUAGUGUGAUAUCAUUAAAGCCAUUCAAGAUGCGAAUGAGUUGGCUCAAUUCUAAAAGCAAUGCAGAAUUGGGUCCACUAAACUGGAUCGGUUCCGGCUUCUUCAAAACUAGUGGGGAGUUCUGGAUAGGCAAGUACGGAGUUAACAGGUCUCUGAAUUCUUUCUCACACAAGGUGAAGUGGUCGAAAGGCCGAAAAGGAGUGAUUCAAAUAUAUCCCCGGAAGGGUGAUGUUUGGGCUCUCUACAGGAACUGGUCCUCCGAUUGGAAUUCACUUACACCGAGCGAAGUGAUACACAACUAUGACAUGGUUGAGGUGCUCGAAGAUUACAAUGAGCAAAAUGGUGUAGCUAUUUCUCCGCUUGUUAAGGUGCCGGGUUUCAAGACAGUGUUUCGCAAGCAUUCGAAACCAAGUAAACCCUGGGUGAUCCCAAGAGAAGAGCUGUUUCGUUUCUCUCACCAGGUCCCUUCUUAUUUGCUCACAGGUCAAGAAGGUCAAAAGUCUUGUGAGGGCCGUCUCGAGCUUGAUCCUGCUGCUACUCCUUUAGAACUUCUCCAGGUAUUCACUGAAGAUCAGGUGAAAGAAAUGGAGACGAUGAUUGAAAGAGCUCGGGAAGACGCACUAAAUGUGGAUUCGAAAAGAUCCAAAGGAAAAGAGCUUGUGGAGGAUGACCAAGAAACGAAACCAAAGAUUACAGAUGAAGGUGUUGGACAAGCGAAAGAAACGGAAAACAAGAAAGCCGGGCUGCUUGUUUAUGUUAGACGGCACCCGAAAAAAUCAGAUAGCUAGGGAAACAGUUUUGAUGCAUAGGGUUUUACAGGUUUUAUUUUUCACAGUGGUAGGAAACAAUAUGAAGCAAAAACAGUAAAAGUCCAAGAAUAUAGAAUAAUCAUAGUUUGUUUUUCUCUCCUCCUCGGCGGUCAAUGUGGCCUGUAGAAGUCAGCAAAAGCCGCAAACCGACGGGAUCGGAAAAACUCACAUCACAGCAUUAGGUUCUUCAAAACUGAGUUCACAUUUCAUUCUGUGAACCUGAAGAAUGUCUUGAAGGUCAGCACAGGUUGUUUUCUUUGUUCUUUGUAGGUCAAAACACCCUCAGGAAAAGAAAAAAGGGACUAUUUUGUUUGCAAAAGAGACAGAAACACCUACAUGAACUGGUUUUCUUGUUUUUUG